CUCAGCCCGUCCCCACUUCCUCCGCCCCUCCCUCUGGCGUCCGCCUCAUCCGCGGGAGGCUGUCCCGCCCCUUCAGCCCUCCUCGCGGGGGCGAGAGCUGCAGCGGUGCUUGCGAGUCUUCCGUCAGGGUCAACGGGCGGGUCCCCGGGGCGGCCUCCCUGCGCGUCGCCGAGCCGCGCCGCGGGGGGCGAUGGCGAUGACCUACAACGCGAAGCGUGAGGUGGACGGCGGGCCCCUAUGUGCCCGUGGGGGCGCCGCGAAGAGCCGCAGGCCGGACAACACGGCCUUCAAACAGCAGCGGUUGCCGGCCUGGCAGCCCAUCCUCACGGCCGGCACGGUGCUCCCCACCUUCUUCAUCAUCGGCCUCAUCUUCAUCCCCAUCAGCAUCGGCAUCGCCGUCACUUCCAACAGCGGCCGCGAGAUCGAGACGGAUUAUACCGGAACAAACCCUUCCAGUCCCUGCAAUAAAUGUUUGUCUCCAAAUGUGACACCUUGUGCUUGUACCAGUAACUUCACACUGGAACAGCCAUUUGAGGGCAAUGUGUUUAUGUAUUACGGGCUAAUUUCUAUCAAAACCAUCGUCGUUAUGUGAAAUCUCGAGAUGAUAGUCAACUAAAUGGAGAUUCUAGUGCUUUACUUAACCCCGGUAAGGAAUGUGAGCCUUAUCGAAGAAAUGAAGACAAACCAAUGGCUCCUUAGGGCGCCAUUGCCAACAGCAUGUUUAAUGAUGCAUUAUAGAGUUGUUUCUGGUUGGCAGUGAAUCUGAUCCUAUGUCUCUUCAUUUGUAAAAGAAAGGGAUUGCUUGCUUGGUGGACAGAUAAAAAUGUGAAAUCCAGAAAUCUCCCUGUAGGAGAAACACUGGAAGAACGAUACAAAGGUACAACAAAGCCAGUAAACUGGAUUAAACCAAUAUACAUGCUGGAUUCUGAACCAGACAAUAAUGGGUUCAUAAAGGGGGAGUUUAUUGUUUGGAUGUGUACUGCAGCAUUACCUAUUUUUCGUAAGUUAUAUCGUUGUACAGAGUGGAAAAGUCAUUUACACGCCACAUUACCAGCUGGAUGAUACUAUUUGAAUAUCACAUACAAUUAUCCUGUACAUUCUUUUUUUUGGUUAUUAACCUUUGAGUUUUUUUUAUAUCAUUAAUAUACACUUACAUGAGCAGCAUUGUGGUUACUAGAUUCCCCCCAUUAUCAAGUCCUCACCACAUACCCCAUUAC